AUGCGUUCGUUAUAUCUUCGAAUCCACAACGCGGUCAUCGAAAAUGACAAGUAUUUUGUCCAAAAGUGGAAAUGUGCUGGACAGUUGGGACUAUCUAGCCUUCAAAAGAUUACUGCAGCUAUGCGGAUGCUCGCAUAUGGAGCAUCCGUUGACUCCGUUUAUGACUAUGUUCGGAUCAGUGAAAGUAUGUCGAUUGAGAGCCUGAAGAGGUUCGUUCGAUCAAUUAUCGACAUCUUUGGGGAGGAAUACCUUCGUUCACCGACUAAUGAAGACGUUGCACGCCUUCUUGAGGAAGGUUCACAACGAGGUUUUCCUGGUAUGCUUGGGAGCAUCGAUUGCAUGCACUAG